UUAACGUCCUGAAAAGUACAAAAGAAAUGUUGGCAGAAUCCAACAUAAGAUUAAACAAGGUAGCUUCCAACAGCUACAGAGUCAUGGAAGCAUUUCCAAUGGAAGACCGUGCUAAAGACCUCAAAGACUUAGAUCUAGGAACAGAAUCACCACCCUUGCAAAGAAGUCUUGGGCUUAGUUGGGACCUAAAGACUGACAGUUUCACCUUCAGGGUCUCCAGAGAAGAGAAACCAUUCACAAAAAGAGGCGUCCUAUCUACAGUCAACAGUCUUUAUGACCCCCUGGGAUUCGUAGCACCCAUCAUCAUGCAAGGCAAAGCUCUUUUGAGACAGAUCACUACUGAGCAAGAACAAAUUGACUGGGACGUACUUCUUCCUGAAGAGAAGCAAAUGCAGUGGAAGUUGUGGAAAGACUCAUUGUUAGAGCUUGAACAACUCAACAUUCCAAGACCGUACGUAUUUGUUUCCUUGUCUGCUACAAAGAGGAGAGAAUUAUGCGUAUUCUCUGACGCUUCCACUAUGGCUAUUGCAGCUGUAACUUACCUUAGGGUAAUAGACACUGAGGGACAAAGCCAUGUUGGGUUCAUCAUGGGAAAAUCUAAACUAGCUCCCAGACCUGCUCACACUGUCCCACGUCUAGAACUUUGUGCUGCUGUCUUAGCGGUAGAGAUGGCAGACAUGAUUACGACUGAACUGGACAUUGAGGUCCAUGCAGUGAACUUUUAUACAGACAGCAAGAUUGUGUUAGGAUAUAUUCACAACGCUUCAAAAAGAUUUUACACAUACGUGACCAACAGAGUGACACGUAUCAGAAAGUCUACAAGUCCAUAUCAGUGGCAUCACAUCAGCACAGACAAGAACCCAGCUGAUCAUGGGACAAGAUUGGUGUCAGCCGCUGUACUCAAGCAAACUAACUGGUUCGUUGGUCCAUCGUUUCUUGGUAAGCCAGAAACCAAAGAGACUACUCAGGUAGAGACCUUUCAGCUCAUAGAACCAGAUCAAGACAAAGAGGUAAGACCUCAAGUUGCAGUUUGUAAGACUUUAGUUACCAGAGACAGUCUGGGCGCCCAUAGAUUUGAAAGGUUUUCCAGUUGGAAGUCUUUAACCCGUGCAAUCGGAAAACUUAUCUGUCUAGCUAGAUACUCCUGCAGAGCUACUAAUACUGAUCAGCGUAGCAACGACCAUCUUGAACAAGCUAAGGUCGCGAUCAUCAAAUGCAUCCAGCAGGAAGUCUUUAAAGAAGAAAUUCAAAGCCUUCUGAAAAAGGAAGAGAUUUCUCGACUCAGUUCGCUCAAGAAUUUGAACCCUAUCCUCGACGAAAACGGAGUACUAAGAAUUGGAGGUCGUUUGUCGGCAGCGGAUAUGACUAUCCAAGAGAGACAUCCCUUCAUCAUACCUAAGAAUCAUCACAUCGCUCUUCUUCUGGUAAGACACUAUCAUGAGCAAGUUGCACAUCAAGGACGACACUUCACUGAAGGAGCAGUACGGUCAGCAGGAUUGUGGAUCAUAGGAGGUAAGAGACUAGUCUCCAGCGUGAUCAGCAAAUGCGUUACCUGUAAGAAGAUUAGAGGGAAACUUGAGGUUCAGAAGAUGUCAAACUUACCUGCAGACAGACUUGCUUCAGAUCCUCCGUUCACUCACGUAGGUCUAGACGUUUUUGGACCAUGGAACAUCUCUUCUCGCAAGACCAGAGGAGGCAGUGCCGAAAGUAAACGUUGGGCUGUUCUGUUCUCUUGCCUGAGUACUAGAGCAGUUCAUAUUGAAGUGAUUGAAUCUUUAUCCACUUCAAGUUUCAUCAAUGCCUUGAGAAGAUUCUUCUCUAUCAGAGGACCAGCGAAAUUGAUUCGUUCAGACCGUGGCACAAACUUUAUUGGGGCCUGCAAGGAGUUGAAGAUCAUCUCUACAGACUCUGAAACAGGUUCCUAUCUUCAAGAUCAAGGAUGCACUUGGACUUUUAAUCCUCCACACGCAUCGCAUACGGGAGGAGCCUGGGAGAGGAUGAUUGGAGUAGCUCGUCGUAUUCUGGAUGCCAUGCUCCUGAAGGUUGGGUCUACUCGCCUCACUCAUGAAGCUUUGACUACACUAAUGGCUGAAGUCGUGGCCAUUAUGAACGCCAGACCUUUGGUUCCAGUGUCUACAGAUCCGGAGAUGCCGUCAGUCUUGACACCCGCAAUGCUGCUGACCCAGAAGAUGGAACCAGUGACAGCUCCCUCAGGAGACUUUGACCUCAAGGACUUGUACACCAAGCAAUGGAGACAAGUUCAAAGUCUUGCGGACAUUUUCUGGAAGAGGUGGAGACAGGAAUACCUGGUGACACUCCAGCCACGCAAGAAAUGGCAAGAUGACAAACCCAACUUACAAGUUGGAGACAUUGUCUUAUUAAAAGACACUCAGGCCCACAGGAACGAAUGGCCUAUUGGACUCAUUGUGGGGACUGAUCCUAGUAGUGAUGCUAGAGUUAGAAAGGUUGAAGUUAGAAUUGUUAGACAGGGCAUUCCCAAGGUGUAUGCUAGGCCAAUUUCCGAAGUAGUUUUACUUCUGUCCAAAGGUUAGUGGCAUAACAAAAGGUAUGCCAGGUGGGGAGUGUGCUGCCUUUGCAAUGUAUAUUACAUGCUUGGCACUCAGCAGUGUCUGUUUCUUUAAGACCCUCCAUUUUCUUGAUGCCUAGAGGCGGGUCUUC